UUCUGACGCUGUGACGUAUCAUCGUUUUCCCAAAAUGGCGAUGCACCUGUUCCCCGGGCGAUUAUCCCCGCUGUUACCUGCGCAACUUUAGGAAACCCUCCCUCUGGAGAUCGCUGCUCCCGAUCUACCGACAACCGAUAACGAAUCUGCGCGAAGCCCUUCGUCCAGAAUGUCCACGGAGGAGCUGUCAGCGUCCGACAGCGAGGCCGUUUUCGCCAACGCGGGGGAGCGAUGGGCACCGGUGGGAGCCGUGGCCAGCCCCGAGGACGAGAGCGGGGCCAGCGGCCGGCCGAAGCUCAGAGCCUCGGCUAGCGAGGAGGAGAUGACCGCGCGGCUGAGGAAGCUGGAGGACGAGCAGGAGCUGCUGAACUCGUCCCUCCUCGCGCUCACCUCGCACUUCGCGCAGGUCCAGUUCCGGCUGAAGCAGAUCGUGCACGCGCAGAGCGAGGAGAAGGAGAGGAUGCUGGCCGAGCUGGAGGAGUUCGCCUUCAGGGGCUGCCCGCACGUCGUGGGCUGCAGGUCGGACGCAGAGCAGCUGGAGAACUCGACUGAGAGGGAGAAGCGGGAGCGUCUGGAGGCCCAGAGGGAAAAACAAAAGGAUCUCAUUUUCCAGCUGAAGACGCAGCUGGAUGAUCUGGAACGCUUCGCCUAUCAGGAGGGCAGCUACGACUCGCUGCCGCAGUCUGUCGUCAUGGAGAGGCAGAAGGUAAUUAUCGAUGAGCUGAUCAAGAAGCUGGAUGUCAAUCUGAACGAGGACAUCGGGAACCUGUCGCCUGAGGAGCUGAGGCAGAGAGUGGACGCUGCCAUCGCUCAGAUUGUGAACCCGGCCAGAGUCAAGGAGCAGCUGGUGGAGCAGCUGAAAACCCAGAUCAGAGACCUGGAGAUGUUCAUCAACUUCAUCCAGGAUGAAGUGGGGAACCCUCUCCUGUCAGACGGUGCACACCGGCAUCAGCCGCAGGCAACCGGGACAAACGGACGAGCUCCUGGAGGGAAGAAGAAAGUGGAUCCGGAGCAGGCGGACAGGAUGCGGGAGAGCGGCCUGCAGCUCAUCCAGAGGGCGCUCGCCGUGCUGCAGAUCUUCGCCGCCAGUCAGUUCGGCUGUGCGAGCGGCCACGUCCCGCCGAACAUGUGGAGCCAAGAGUCAGGGGGGCGGGACUACGGCCCCCUGCUGCAGCGCCUGGAGGCGGCCGCAGAGAAGGUGCGAGUGUUGGGCUCCCGCAGACAUCCAUCUGUUGAGCACGUGGUCAGCUACACCAGCAGCAGCAGCUCGCUGGGAGCUCGAGACGAGCUGACUUCCGCCGUCAGGAAGGAGCUGGCCAUGGCGCUGAAGGACCUGCUGGCCCACGGCCUCUUCUCGCCCUCUCAGGCUGUGAGCCUGGUGCUGGCGCCCAUCUCCUGCCUCCUGCCUUACACGCCCACCUCACACAGCAUGCACCCAUGGGAGCUCUUCGUGAAGUACUACCACUCCAAGAACGGUAAAGCCUUCGUGGAGUCGCCCGCCCGCCAGCUCUCUCAGUCCUUCAGCCUGCACGUGGGCGCCGGCCCCGUGACCGUCACGCCGAAGCAGUCUCUGCUGUGGGCCGUCCACACCGUGCUGAAGGAACACGGACGCUACAAGCGAGGGCCGGACUCCGAGUUCAAAGCUCUGGUGUGCAUGGCUCUGAACGAGCAGCGCUUGGUGUCGUGGCUCAACCUGCUGUGCAAGUCCGGGACGCUGAUACACCCCCACUACCAGCCCUGGAGCUACAUGGCGCAGACCGGCUUCGAAGGCGCCCUGCGCAUCCUGGGCCGCAUCAGCCACCUGAGGUUCGACCUCCCGGUGGACCUGGCCGUGCGGCAGCUCAAGAACAUCAAGGAUGCCUUCUGAGCGCGCUCCCAGCUCGCGUUUUAUCAGCAUUUGGGACCAAAAGCAUGAUUGUGUUGCAAGUUGGUAACUUUUUUUAUCAGCAUCAAAACAUCUAAAGUAAAGUGCAAAUAUGUGACGUCAGAAGUAUUUGUAUUGAGUUUGGUGUACGCUGCGUAUUCUGUUGAUAUUAACGAUGCCAAAAUAUGAAGAAGACGGAGCAAACAUGCCUUAGAGUAAUUACCUCACCUCUAGUAAAGCCUUCCUGAUCUUUGUGCUCAGCAUGCAGUGUGACCGUCUGCUGUACCUGACAAGUGACCUAUGCAGAAAAUGUAGGCGUGACCGGCGGCCAUCGCUGCUCUGUGGCGGACAAUCACAGAAAGGAGGGAAGGAUCUGACGUUGGUUUGUGGACGUCUGUUCCGGUUGAAGGCGGAGUUUGUUAAAACCAUCAGAUCAGCUUGAAAAGUGUUUACAGUUUCCGUCACCCGCUGGUGGAAGUGUGAAACAUUUCAGGAGUGUUGUAGAAGUUCAACCACAGAGUCGAAGGAUUCUGUCUCUAAGCCCUUAAAGUUGUUUCCUUCGUCAACAUUUCAACCCUGUUUUUGCUGCUGCUGUCGUCCUCCUCCAGGAGAAUCCAGCGUAUGAACAUAUCCGAGAUUAAACUUGAUUGUGACGUG